CGCUAUGUGGCCGGGGCCGAGCGGAAGUUGGGCCUCUUUUUCGUGGCGCCUAGAGGGCGGUCGGUAUCCUGGAGAUGAAGCUGAACAUCUCCUUCCCAGCCACCGGCUGCCAGAAACUCAUCGAGGUGGACGAUGAGCGCAAACUCCGCACUUUCUACGAGAAGCGGAUGGCCACAGAAGUUGCUGCCGACGCUCUGGGCGAAGAGUGGAAGGGUUACGUGGUCCGAAUCAGUGGUGGGAACGACAAACAAGGUUUCCCCAUGAAGCAGGGGGUCUUGACGCACGGCCGAGUGCGCCUGCUGCUGAGUAAGGGGCAUUCCUGUUACCGGCCCAGGAGAACCGGCGAGAGGAAGCGCAAAUCCGUUCGGGGCUGCAUUGUGGAUGCCAAUCUGAGCGUUCUGAAUUUGGUUAUCGUAAAAAAAGGGGAGAAGGAUAUUCCUGGAUUGACUGAUACUACUGUGCCUCGCCGCCUGGGGCCCAAAAGAGCAAGCAGAAUUCGCAAACUUUUCAAUCUCUCCAAAGAAGAUGAUGUCCGCCAGUACGUCGUCAGAAAGCCGUUAAACAAGGAAGGUAAGAAACCCAGGACCAAAGCCCCUAAGAUUCAGCGUCUUGUUACUCCACGUGUCCUUCAACACAAACGCCGCCGUAUCGCUCUGAAGAAGCAGCGUACCAAGAAAAACAAGGAAGAGGCUGCAGAAUAUGCUAAACUUUUGGCCAAGAGAAUGAAGGAAGCCAAAGAAAAACGCCAGGAACAAAUCGCCAAGAGGCGCAGGCUGUCCUCUCUGAGAGCUUCUACUUCCAAGUCUGAGUCCAGUCAAAAAUAAGGAUGUUUAAAUAACAAAUAAAUUAAUCUGACCUCA